ACUUCCGCUCCAGUGGCAUUACUGGGAGGUGGUGGUUUGAGGCUGAGGUAGUUGUAGUUAUGGCGUUGGCGGCUGCUAGGCCGUUCCUGUCGGAAGGUGGUUAUGGUGAGCAGGAGAUGGACGCGAACUCGGCUCUGAUGGAGCUGGAUAAAGGACUGAGAUCAGGGAAACUUGGUGAGCAGUGUGAAGCAGUUGUUCGUUUCCCUAGGCUGUUCCAAAAGUACCCAUUUCCGAUUCUUAUAAACUCUGCUUUUUUGAAACUUGCAGACAUCUUCAGAGUUGGAAACAACUUUUUGAGAUUGUGUGUACUAAAGGUGACUCAGCAGAGUGAAAAGCACUUGGAGAAAAUCUUGAACGUUGACGAGUUUGUGAAGAGAGUCUUCUCAGUAAUCCAUAGCAAUGAUCCAGUGGCCAGAGCUAUCACUCUCCGAAUGCUGGGAAGUAUGGCUUCUAUUAUUCCUGACAGAAAAAAUGCUCAUCACAGCAUUCGGCAGAGUUUAGAUUCACAUGAUAACAUCGAAGUAGAAGCUGCCAUUUUUGCUGCUGCCCAUUUUUCUGCACAAUCCAAGGAUUUUGCCGCAGGAAUUUGCAACAAGGUUGGUGAAAUGAUUGAAGGAUUAGCUACACCUGUGGAUCUGAAGUUAAAGCUGAUCCCUAUUCUGCAGCAUAUGCAUCAUGAUGCCACCCUCGCCUCCAGCACUCGGGUCCUUCUUCAGCAAUUGGUGGCUUUGUACCCUUCCACCAAGAUGGUAAUAGUUACCUUGCAUACUUUUACACAACUAGCUGCUUCGUCACUGGUUGAUAUCCCAAAGCAGAUUCAACUUUUGCUGCAAUAUUUGAAAGAAGACCCCAGAAAAGCUGUAAAGAGACUUUCUGUUCAGGAUCUGAAAUUGUUGGCUAAUAAGACACCACACAUGUGGAGCAGAGAUAACAUUCAGUCACUGUGUGAAUGUGCCCUACAGAGCCCUUAUGACAGCUUGAAAUUGGGUACACUUUCUGUUUUGUCCACACUCUCAGGAACUAUAGCUAUGAAACAGUACUACUAUGGUUCACAAGGAAACAGUACUGCUCCAAUACGUCCUGAUGACUUGAUAAAACUUGUACAAGAGUGCUGUUACCAUAGCAACAGUGCAAUUGCAGCCCACAGUGUUACUGUUCUGACAAACGUAGCUUCCUGCUUAGAGAAAGAUUUUUUGUCUUUGGAACAAGAUGCAGUUUCUGCCCUGCAGUCUAUCCUAGUUCUUUGCAGCCAAGAAAAUGGUGUAGGAGCACAGAAUGCUUUAAAGACUGCAUUUACUUGCAUGGUAAAGCUGAUGCGUAGUCGCCCACACCUGAGUCAGCCAGUGGUUGAAUCUCUGCUGACCCAACUACAUAGUGCACAGGACACCGCUCGUAUUCCAAUGUGCCAUUGCCUUGCAGCUAUAGCAGUGCAGUUGCCUGUCUUGGGAGAAGGGAUGCUAAGCGAACUAAUGGAGUUGUAUAAAAUGAUUGGAUCUUCAUCGACAGACAAACAGCAAGAACUUCUGGUAGCAUUGGCUACAGUCAUUUUUGUAGCCAAUCAGAAAACCUUGUCCUCUGAAGUCAAAAGCGUCAUAAAACAACAAUUGGAAAAUGUCGCCAAUGGCUGGACGGUUUAUAGAAUUGCCCGACAGGCAUCCAGAAUGGGAAACCACGAUAUGGCUGGAGAACUUUACCAUGGCUUGCUGACGCAAGUGGCCUCUGAACACUUUUAUUUCUGGCUAAACAGUUUGAAGGAAUUCUCGAAAGCAGAGCAAUGUCUGGCUGACCUACAGGAGAGUGAAUCUAGUGUUGCAUUGGCCUGUAUUGCUGAAGCUUUGAAAUACUACCAGAGGGGCAUUGCUUCACUGACAGCUGCAAGUACACCUUCAAACCCCCUAACUUUUCAGUGUGAAUUUGUCAAACUGAGGAUUGACAUGCUGCAGGCAUUCUCUCAACUGAUUUGUACGUGUAACAGCCUGAAGACCAGCCCUCCACCUGCCAUUGCCACAGCUAUUGCUAUGGCAUCCGGAAAUGAUUUGCAGAGAUGUGGCCGUAUUACCAACCAGAUGAAGAUAUCGAUGGAAGAGUUCAGAAGUUUAGCAACGCGCUACCAUGACCUUUAUCAAUCCUCCUUUGAUGCUGACUCUGCCACCUUGAGAAAUGUUGAGCUACAGCAACAAAGUUGCCUACUGAUUUCUCAUUCUAUUGAAGCACUAAUCCUGGAUCCAGAUUCUGCUAGUUUCCAAGAAUACGGAUGUAGUGGGAGUGUGCAUGCUGAGAGCGAGUAUGAAAGAAGCAUGCUGUCUGUGUUUGCUCAAGUGCUGGAGGACGUUGAGAGUCUCAGCAGAAAGUAUCCUCCUGUUUCCUACCUGCAUACAAUGUGCCUUUGUGGGGCUAUUAUUUCCUUGCUGAAGGUCCCCUUGUCAUUUCAGAGAUAUUUCUUCCAAAAGCUUCAGUCUACCAGCAUCAAGUUAGCACUGUCACCUUCUCCCCGCACUCCAACAGAACCAAUCACUGUGCAGAAUAAUCAGCAACUGGCUCUGAAGGUAGAAGGUGUUAUCCAGCAUGGCUCGAAGCCUGGAUUCUUCCGGAAAAUUCAGGCAGUUUGCCUAAAUGUUUCAUCCUCACUACAGACCAAGGGUGUGCAAGAUUACAAGGUAUUGCUGGAGAAUUUGACAAAUGAAAUGGAGCAGCGGGUGGAGCCCCAUAAUGACUAUUUCAGCACUCAGUUCCUGUUGUGUUUUGCUGCACUUGGGAACCACAGUGUUUCUGUUGAAGCAUCUGUUAUUGACUCUAAUGGCAUCAUUUGGAAAACAGGACCCAAAACUACCAUUGCUAUCAAAUCUAUGGAGGAUCCAUUCUCUCAGCAGUUACGCCUGCAGCAGCAGCAGCAACAGCAGUCACAACAACAGUCGCAGCUGCAAAGGAAUGCACUCUGUAGAUUUUAAUGAUGAAUUACUUAUACUUAGGAAAUAGACUGUGUGAGAAUAUUUUGCAAGCUAAUGAAGACUUUUGCCAAAUAUCAGAUGCCCAACAUAAUACUUUGUUAGGGAAUAUCAGGAUGCACUCUAUCAAUUAAGUUCCUAAUAUUGUAUUAUGCAAUUUGUGGCCCAGGUUAAUAGAGUUUGUUUGUUUGGUUUCCACCCUACUCCCCACUGGGUUUCAUUUUGCUUUCUUCACCAGCCCUUCCUGCCCUGUCCAUCAGAAAACAAACCAAAACCACCUUUCACUACCAGUGCUGCUCUAUGGAUCAGCUGUUGAACUAGAUUGCACACUUUCUUCUCUAAUCUCCCUAUUUCGGAAUAGGUAUGCCAUGAUUUAUCUGGCUCUAACCAAACUAAGUUUCUUAGCAAAUCAGUUUGAUGGUGGUGCCUGCCAGAACCUAGCUAUAAUGUAUGCUUUGGUUAUGUUUUUGUUGGUUAAUUCUUUAUCUGUUAAUUUUGAAUUUGGAGGGAUUGUGAACUUGGAUCAAGCAGUAGCUAUAAGGUUUGUGUUGAUCCCAUUAUUGUGAAUUGAUGCAAAUUUUAAUGGUGAGGCACAGCUGUAAACUGUAAAUCACCACAUUUAUUAAAAGAAGAUCCAAAGGUAGUAUCCAUGAAGAUAAUACCAUGGCUCUCUGUCCUGGCCAGUCUUGGAAAGGAGUACGCCUCCCAAGCUUGCUCUGCCAUGACUAAUUUUUUUUACCAACCUUUGCUUCCUAUCCCAUGAUUCCCUUAGCUAACGAAAUCUGAUUGAUCUGUCUUGAAAAUAUCAAUUGACUGAGCAUUCCACAGCCUUUUGGCAAAGAGAA